AUGGUGCCAAAGAAGAGGAAAUCAGCCAGUGGCAGCGAUGCCAAGGCCAAGGCUGCGAAGUUGCCUGAUGGAGGCGACUCUGACAAGUCUCAGUGGAUUCGACAGCUGACAGCGUGGUAUGACGAAACGGUUUUGUCGAAUGGUGGGCCCGCAGCAUACCUGACCAGCAAGUAUGCAGAUGAGGCAGAUUGGAAUUGGCCUGCUUGUAUUGAUUUGUGGUGA